GAGCAAAGAAGACUUUUGUAAGAAAAGAAAAAACAGAACUGGAGAGAGAUGUCGUCAUCUUUGAGCAACGACGAGUCAGGCUCAGGCCUCGGUGAGUCAAACUCAAACCCUUCUACGGGAGGUGACGGAGGAAACUACACGGCUUACGAUUCUCGAUUCCAGUCUCAGCGGUUUGACUCGUCCUUCUCCGAUUUUGACGCUCAACCGGAGAAAGACUUACCAGGCGACGAUUCGUCUCCUCUGUCCAACCAAGGGGAUUUACCGGAGACUCAAUCUCCGCCGUCGAUAAACGGUUCCGAUGCUACGAACGGUUCGUUCUUGCCGCCUCCAUCGGUUAUGGAGAAAGAUGAAGGUUUUGCGCUUAGAGAGUGGCGAAGGCUAAAUGCUCUGAGAUUGGAAGAGAAAGAAAAGAAAGAGAAAGAAAUGGUUCAGCAAAUUAUAGAAACAGCAGAGCAAUACAAGGCUGAGUUCUAUAGCAAGCGUAACGUUACUAUUGAAAACAACAAGAAAUCUAACCGCGAGAAAGAGAAGUUGUUUUUGGAGAAUCAAGAAAAGUUUUACGCUGAAGCUGACAAAAACAGUUGGAAGGCGAUUGCGGAACUCAUUCCUCGUGAAGUACCAGUUAUAGAGAACAGAGGGAAGAAUAAGAAACCAACUAUAAAUGUGAUCAAAGGACCAAAGCCUGGGAAGCCCACUGAUCUGUCUCGUAUGCGUCAAGUGCUCACAAAACUCAAACACAACCCGCCAGCUCAUAUGAAGCCAAAAUCACCCUCACCAUCCGGAGCAGACCCGGAUGUGAGUGAACAGGUCACAAGUACAGAGAAGUUGUAGUUUGUGUUGGUGAAGACAAGUUAACUUCUUCUUUAUUUAUGUUUUACUCUUUACCAUUGUUGGCUUUUCCACACAGUUUUCAACUUUGAUGUAUAUUAUUCGAUAAGACAAUCCAAAUGCGUGUUUACAUCGUC